UUCAAUGGGAUUGUGAAUGGAGAAUGCUGCAAGAUGGCGACUAAUGCAACUGCUACAAACUUACCAUCUUUUGAUUGUCCAACAUGGUGAGAAAAUGCAUUUACCGGGAUAUUUAGGUUGUACAAGACGCCAAGUGCAUGCAAAAUAACAAAACAUUAUUAAAUUUUUUAUUUUGUAGCUAGAAACGUAUGUAUUUUAGCCACGUCUUGUUAGCUAACAUGCUAGCUAGCUGAUACAUUUCACUGACUGGUGUGCUUAGCUUUUGGUCCUUGUUGUUUUCAGGGCAGGCAAGCCCCCUCCAGGACUCCAUUUGGACGUGAUGAAAGGUGACAAAAUGGUCGAGGUAAGAGCUUGGGGCUUCUGGGACGAAAAUUUGAACUGCCUAUCUGUAUUAGCAGCACUUUAAAAAGGCUAGAUGAUUUGUAUGGUUGCUUAGAAUAUGGGUAAUAUCUUGAUAAUAGAUCUGCCAUUACAGAACUGACUGGUUUACUUACUUUCUGUACUAACUGUACCAGCUCUAUCAAAAGCUAUGCUAGAUAACCAUAUGAUGUGGUCCUACGUGAUGUAGUUUACCUAUAGAUGUCUAUAGUCUAGACUGUCUACUUUAAUAUAGUAAACACAAUAUACAAUAUAGUCUACUUCAGUCUUUAUACUUCAAUAUAGGUAGCUAGGUGUCAUUGUGUACUUAACUAAAUAAACAAAUCGAUUAUGCAUGCAUGCACUAGAUACGGACCUGACUGCUCAGCCCAGUGCACAGUGGUGUCUGAGUUCCCUGACUGUUGGGUUUUAAGAAAGGUGCCACAGAAACAUCAGCCCUGAUAUUUAAGCUCAUGAGUGUGAAGGUGCACUCUUGAGUUAUGGCUCAGAGGCACAGUGCUUUAAACUGUUUCUUACAGCUGGCAAGGUUUUCAUUCAAUGUUAUCAGUGUUAGCUUGGUGUCUGUUUCUGAUCUCUAGCCAACUCCUUAUGGAAUUGUCAUGCUAAAACAGCUUGGCAUGAGAAUGAGUGAUGAGGAGUUGGCAAGAGAGCAGAAUUAGAUCCGGGACCAGGCUAUGGCGUUGUGACAUGAGAAAAUACACUUAUUGCCCUAUCUGUUGUUAUGAUGGUGAAUCCUUGUAGAAACUGAUCAUCGACGAGAAGAAGUACUACUUAUUCGGGAGGAAUCCGGACAUGUGUGACUUCACCAUCGACCACCAGUCAUGUUCACGCGUGCAUGCUGCCCUGGUCUACCACAAGCAUCUGAAGAGGGUGUUCCUUAUUGACAACAACAGCAGUAAGUGAAUUGUCUUACUGCAGCUAGUAAAAAGUACUCAAAAUGUAACAGUUGCAUCGCCUUAGAGGAGUGCACUGUACAAUAAAGGCCGUGCAACUAUAACGUUUUGUUGACUCUUUACUUCACUUACUUUUUAUAAAUGACAUCCGUACAUGGUAUGUGGACUUGAAGGUUGUACAUUACAUCCUCAGCGCAUGGUACCUUCCUGGGACACAUCCGCCUGGAGCCCCACAAGCCUCAGCAGGUCCCCAUAGACUCCACCAUGUCGUUUGGGGCAUCCACACGAGCCUACACCAUCCGGGAGAAACCUCAGAGCCAGCAAGGAACCAAUGCCGCCACGGGGGACAGCAAGGCCGGGGAGGAUGAGGAGGGGUCUAAGGGUCUUUUAGGAUUACCAGAGGAGGAGACCGAGCUAGAGGUGUGUGUCUGUGUGUCUUCAGUAGUUGGGCAUUUGUCUGGACAUGCUGGUAAGGAGGGUGUGUACUAUUACCACAGUAGCUAUAGAUACUCUAUGUGAAGCAGGACAUACUCCGUUAUCUUUUGUUCUGUCAGUGUCUUUGGUAUUUUUUAGCUGUAGCUUUUUCCAAUUUCGUGUAUUUAGACUAGGCUAUUCCUCUUAAGACCACGAGUGUAUUAACUUUGUUUCACUUCUCCUUUCCCAACCAUUCAUCCAUCCCCUCUCUGGGCUGUGACAGAACCUGACAGAGUUCAACACGGCCCACAACAAGCGCAUCUCCACCCUGACCAUCGAGGAGGGCAACCUAGAGAUCCAGAGACCCAAGAGGAAGAGGCGGAACUCCCGAGUCACCUUUAACGAGGACGAUGAGGUCAUCAACCCAGGUAAGCUCUCUCUUCAACCCCAUUGGCCUAGCACCCCAGUACCUAGUGCUGUUGAAGUAUUGGUUCUUUAUCUGUAGUUGAGGAAAAAGUGUUUCUGUGCCUGUCUUCAUAUUUCACAAAGUGUCUAAGAGACAGUUUUCUAUUUUAUGAUUUAAAAUAAAAAACGGAUCCCAGAUUAACACUCUUACUCUGAGAUUCUUUGUGAACAUGGGCCCUGAUUUAAGUAAUUACAUAAACUGAGGUUGGCACACGUCCUUAUUUUCACCCAAUCUAAACCUGUUGCUUCACUCAUAUAAUGCAUGCGGUAACUCAGUGCUUCUUGAAACAUUACAGAGGACAUUGACCCCUCAGUUGGGCGCUUCAGGAACAUGGUGCAGACUGCUGUCGUCCCUAUAAAGGUAAGCCUGGGUUAUAUCCAUAGUUACAUGCUGACCACACCGCUCGCGUGCGUAUGUUGAUUUUGUCCACCCACACCAGACGCGUAAUGUGUAAAUGUAUUUUGCAACGCUCGCGUGGGCAGUGUGGUCAGCAUGUAAGCCAUCUAUUGCAUGAAAUGUGACACUGCAACUUUCUACAAUUUGCAGUCUAGAUUGUCGAGAUCGUUUUGUACAAUCACGCUGCGAUUUAAGGAAGCCUAUAUUUAAGAAAAUUGCAAUGAUAUCCCAGAAACAUACACUAUACAUAGCCUACAGAUGAGUUGCUAAUCAGUCUUUUGUCAUUUCCACUCUAGAAACAGAAAAUGGAGAGGCACGGCUCACUUAGUAUGGACGAUGUUGUGACAAGGCGCAUCCACAACUACACCUUCGGCGGCGGCCUUUACGGGGACCUGCCACCCACCAGCCACGAGGGCCACCCUGCCGGGACCCCGAGCGGCGCCACUAUCCUGGGGGGUCUCCCGCUGCCCUUCCCCAACCCGGCCCCAGAGGUGAACCUAGCCCCUGACGCCCCCCAGCCACCUGUCACCCUCAACCCUGUCCCCAUCUCAGGCCCCUAUCCUUCCGAGGCCCUCAAUGAGCCCCGCAAGAAAAAGUACGCCAAAGAGGCAUGGCCAGGCAAGAAGCCCACCCCCUCCCUACUAAUCUAACCUUCUCCCUACACUAUGGCUCUUUCUCAAUUCGUCUUUCGUCUAUUCCUUGCAUCAUCUCUCAUGCAUUGGAGAAUAUCGAAGAUCUCUCCUCUUGGACCUUCUCCAAUGUAUUUUAAGUCUGAGGCGAGGAGAGAGGACACAAGGAAUCCAGGAAAGACGAAUUGGGAAAGAGCCAAUGUGGUGUAGGCUGGGCUGACUCUCAGGGUAUGGGCGGAGACAUCAGGGACCAUGACCCGUUGGAGGCGGAUCGAUUUUACUUUUAAGACUGUUUUGGGAUUUUAUAGUUUUGUCAAUGUUUUCUACGUUACUUCUUCAUUCUCCUAAAGAUUAUCCGAAAGACUUCAGUAGCACAUUCCAUGAAGACAGAAACACCACUCCUUCGGGAGCUGAAUGUUUGAUACGUUUUACAAAUGAAGUCAUAUAAAAAAAGACAGUUCUUGGCAGACCAAGUCAGUUGGUCAGGUAAGAGUAACUUGUGGCAUAAAUCGGUGUCCCAUGGCCGUGAUAUAUUACCUCUAAUUGAUAGUCGGGCAUCGUGCAGGGAAGCAAACACGAAGCGGAUGUAACUUAGGAAAACAGCCCUAAUGUUGG